AUGGAUUGCCCUCCUGGCAGCGAGCAAUACUUUGGACCCCAGGUCGACCCUCGAUGUAGACCAUUUGAUUUCACUUUGCUGUUUGAAGACAUCUUUUUUGUUGCUGUGCCGGCUGUCGUGUUUCUCAUUCUCGCGCCUAUACAGAUAUGGGGCCUCUUCAGGAGACGAGCUGCGUUUUCCGUGAGGUCAAGGGCCAUCCGGCGAUGGAAAGCGGUAGCUUUUACCGCGAUCCUUGCUGUGCAAGUCGUAAACCUUGUGUUUAGAGCUCAAUAUGUCGAGUUGCGAACUAAGUUAUCUCUUCCGGCGGAUAUCUUGAGCUCUACGGCUACCGUAGCCGCAUUCUUCCUAUCUAGAGCAAGCCAUGGGCGAUCACUUCGGCCGUCAACAGUCCUUGAUUUGUAUUUAUCUUUAUCAAGCCUCUUGAAUAUUGCUCGAACAAGGACCUUGUGGCUACUGGCAGCUGGCAGCCCUGUCCCGAUUCUCAUGACGGUGAAUCUCUCUCUCACUCUAUUUGCCCUCCUAUUGGAGUCCAUUGAAGAGAGAAAGCGUCUUUCGAAUGGUUCGCCGGAAGAGUUUAGCGGGAUCUGGGCCAGAAUCGGUUUUUCCUGGCUUCUGCCCUUGCUCAAAACAGGCUAUGACAAAGUUCUUUCUCAGGACGAUUUGCCUAAUCUUGACACUAGGCUUCAAAGCAGGGUACUGCGUCGCCAGCUGAUCACGACUUGGUCUAAAUAUGAUCCAAAAGCUCGACAUAGUCUGGUGAAAGCAUGUUUUCGGACCCAUCUUUCGACCUUACCUUCAGCUGUGAUCCCCAGAUUGUGUGUCACUGCAUUCACUUUUGCUCAACCAUUUCUAGUCGAGACCACAAUUGGAUUCGUUGGCGAUGAGAACGCCAAGCCAUAUCACGGGAGAGGGCUCAUUGGCGCAUGGGCUCUUGUGUAUUUGGGUAUUGCCUUAUCAAGAUCUCUAUACAAAUAUGAAACCUCUAGAUUCAUCGCGAAGCUGAGAGGGGGGCUAAUUGCUCUUGUAUAUCAACGAAGCCUGAAUAUCCGCACCGCCGACGAGGGAGAUAUAUCUGCCGUCACUCUAAUGGGCACCGAUAUUGAACGCAUAGCGAGUGCGAUGCAGCUGCUCCACGAAACUUGGGGCUCUCUUCUGGAAAUAUCAAUUGCAUGUUGGCUGCUAGAGCGGCAGCUUUUCCUGGCUUGUCUCGCCCCAAUUGCUCUCGUAUUAGUAUUCAUUGGCAUUACAUCGCAAAUAUCGGUAGCUACCCAGAAUGCACAAGUUGCAUGGAUAGAAAAGGUCCAAGAAAGGCUGCGUGCGACCACGUCUCUGCUCGGGGACAUAAAGGCUAUCAAGAUGCUUGCGUUACCGCAAGUUGUAUCGAGGCUGUUGACGAAUCUCCGAACCAACGAAAUCAAGACGUCGAAAACAUUUAGGGAGUUGCUCGUUGCCACAUUAAUGCUCUCCCUCACACCCUUGAAUCUCGCCCCUGCCGCGACAUUUGGCGUCUACGUUGUCAUAUCCGUCUACUGGACACACGGAUCUUUAUUGACGACCCAAGCCUUUACUUCUUUGGCUCUGAUAGGUCUAUUGACAGGUCCUGUCAUAGGUUUCAUCCAAUCCUUGCCCCAGGUUCUGCAAUGUGUGGGCUGCUUUGAUCGUAUCCAGCAAUACUGUAAUUACGCAGAUGUUGACCUCAAAGACGAAAACUAUUAUGAGCCAGGCCACGUCGAUCUACGCGAUGAAUCCGAAAUUUACCUCCUGGCACCUGAUAGUCCUCCCGAGCACUUUGAUGCUCCGCAUGGCGACACCAUUUCUCUACACAGUCAAGGCUUUAAAUGGAGCAAAAACGGCCCUGCGAUACUCAAAGACCUGGAGCUUGAUAUCAGUCAAGAGGCCAUUACUGCGAUUACUGGCCCAGUAGGGAGCGGUAAGUCGUCAUUGAUGAGUUGCAUUUUGGGUGAAAUGAUCGACAUUUCUUCCCAAGAGGGUCAACCAAAAAUAUCUCGGCAAUACUGUAAACAUGUAGCAUACUGCUCCCAGCAGCCAUGGCUUGAAAACACAACCAUUCGUAACAAUAUCCUUAGCUCAUCGCCUUACGAGAGGAAAUGGUAUGAUGAGGUCGUUUCUUCUUGUGGCCUCAAUGCCGAUCUCAAUCGUUUCAAAAAGGGAGAUAAAACGAACAUUGGCAGUAGAGGUCUCAACCUCAGUGGUGGACAAAAGCAACGCAUAGCCCUAGCUCGAGCCGUAUACGCAAAGAAACCGAUAGUACUUCUCGACGAUGUAUUCAGCAGCAUGGAUGCUCAUACUAUUGACGUUGUCUCUUCCCGCUUGUUCGGUCGUGUAGGCCUUCUUCGCAGGCAGCGAGCGACUGUCAUAUUGAGUACUCACCACCGUAAACUCAUGGCGCUUUCGGAUAGCAUCAUCGUCUUAGAAAAUGGGAAAGUAGCGGCGAAGGAUACACCCGCUUCCUUGCUUCAGAGCAACGGCUACGUCAAUAAACUUGGCAUACAGCUUACAACUAAUGAAGAUGUCACUGAAGCUGCUGAGCCUUCAAAAUUGCCGACAGCAGAGGAAGUUUUCGAUAUUGCCGCGGACGUCGCCAUCAACAUCUCUGAAGAGACGGAUGGUAAGCAUGUUGAUAUUCGGCGCAAAAGAGGCGAGCUCUCCGUUUAUGCAUAUUACCUUGCCAGCUCUGGCUGGUACUUUGUUGUCUUGUAUAGUGCUGCAGUUACAGGAUGGAUCUUUUGCAUCGAAUUUUCGAAUGUGUGGAUGAAGUGGUGGUCUGCUGCCAAUGCCUCAGAGCCAGACAAGGAUAUCUGGAUGUACCUUGGCAUUUACGCCCUUCUAGGUAUUCUCGGCACGUUAAGUGGCUGUAUAUGCGCUUGGGCGGCUUUUAUUUACAUCAUCUCGCGGUCGGCUGCUCAACUUCACUCGAAUCUCCUGCAAGCAACGCUCAGAGCACCGUUCUAUUCUCGGUCAACAAGAGACCUUGGAGAGCUCCUUAAUCGAUUUAGCAGAGAUAUGGAGCUCAUCGACAUGGAGCUUCCUAGUAACAUGGUCAACUACACCUCCACCGUCGUCUUAUGUAUAGCCAAAGUCGUCAUUAUCGCCAUUUUUACUCGAUAUCUGGGAGUGACAAUCCCUUUCUUCGCCGUCUAUGUCUAUUUCCUCCAGAGUUUCUAUCUGCAAACGUCUCGCCAAAUCCGACUACUUGCCAUUGAAGCCCAUGCUCCUCUAUUUACUCAUUUUAGUGAAUCAAUCGCAGGAGCAGUAACCAUCCGGGCGUUUGGAUGGCAAUCAUACCACCAAGAGCGCAACUAUCGUCUCAUUGAUGCUUCACAGAGACCUGUCUAUCUACAGAGUUGCAUUCAGCAUUGGCUCAGUUUUGUGCUUGAGAUGGUGACUACAGUAUUGGCAUUUCUUCUUGUCUCUACAGUCCUUAUCUGGAAAGACAGGUUUAGCCCUGGAAGUGUUGGUGUGAGUCUUGUCACUGUUAUUGGAUUCAAUGAAGUGCUGGUGCGACUUGUUCAAACCUGGACGACUUUGGAACCAAGUAUUGGUGCAGUGUCAAGAGUCAAACGCUUCUCGGAGGAGACGGAGACUGAGGAGCGGAAAGAAAAAGGAGCAUACGUACCAGCUACGUGGCCACAUGCUGGCGCUGUUGAAUUUGCAGGCUGGACCACGUCUUAUAGUACCAUGGCAGACUCCAAGCCAGUACUAAACGGCGUGUCAUUGUCGAUCGAAGCUGGGCAACAUGUUGCAAUAUGCGGUCGAACCGGCAGCGGCAAAACCUCUCUAAUACUUUCCCUAUUACAGAUGACUGAGAUUGUCGAAGGCAGCAUCUCGAUAGAUGACGUAGAUCUUUCGACUCUCACCUGCGCAGAAGUACGCUCACGUAUUAACGUAGUGCCUCAAGAUCCCUUUCUAAUGCCAGGCACCAUCCGCUUCAACGUUGAUCCCUUCAAUGGUGCUUCAGAUGAGGACAUUAUUCGCGCGCUUGAGCAAGUGCGACUACGGACCAUCAUUGACGAACAGGGGGGGAUAGACAAGGAGAUUGAUUUGUCGUCCUGGUCUUCUGGGCAGAAGCAGCUUCUUUGUUUCGCCAGGGCGAUGUUGAAGAAGAGCAGGAUUCUUAUCUUGGAUGAAGCAAUGAGCAGCGUCGAUCAUGACACAGAGACUAUCAUGCAGGAAAUCAUUGACACGCAAUUCAAGGAAUGCACAGUCCUCGCGGUGAUGCAUCGCCUAGAGCAUAUUCGCCGCUACGACAAGGCCGCCGUAUUUGGAGAUGGCAAGCUGUUGGAAUUUGAUGCCCCUGAGGCGCUUUUGUCUGGGGACACGAACCUUGCAAGGCUUUAUUCUUUCUAUCAGAGCUGA